GCUGGCCACAUGCCGGCCGGCUCCUGUGGCCGCCUGCGUCCGAGCUCUCCACGCCGCCCGGAGUCCCCGCCUUUGCCGCCGCCGUCGCCUGUGUCCUCCGAGCCGCCGAGCCCGGCGGGCGCCGUGUGCGCAGAUAUGGGCAGCUGCACCGGAGCGCGCCGGGCGGCCGUGGCGCUGGGUGUCGUCGGGCUGCUGUGCGUCGUGCUGGGCGCUGUCAUGAUCGUCCUGGUGCCCUCGUUCAUCGAGCAGCAGGUCCUCAAGAAUGUGCGCAUCGACCCCAGUAGCCUGUCCUUCAACAUGUGGAAGGAGAUCCCUGUCCCGUUCUACCUCUCUGUCUACUUCUUCCACGUGGUCAACCCCGACAACGUCCUGAAGGGCGAGAAGCCGCAGGUGCAGGAGCGUGGGCCCUACGUGUACAGGGAGUUCAGGCAUAAGAGCAACAUCACCUUCAACGACAAUGACACAGUGUCCUUCCUGGAGUACCGGACCUUCCAGUUCCAGCCCGCCAAGUCCUAUGGCCUGGAGAGUGACUACAUCGUCAUGCCCAACAUCCUGGUCCUGACUGCCGCCAUGUUGGUGGAGAACCAGCCCUUGAGCCUGAAGGUGCUCAUGUCCUUGGCAUUCAGCACCCUUGGGGAGCGUGCCUUCAUGAACCGCACUGUUGGGGAGAUCAUGUGGGGCUACGAAGACCCCCUCAUGGACUUCAUCAAUAAGUACUUUCCAAACUUGCUCCCCUUCAAUGGCAAGUUCGGGUUAUUUUCGGAGCUCAACAACACCCAUUCUGGGCUCUUCACCGUGUUCACAGGGGUCAAGGACUUCAGCAGGAUCCACCUGGUGAACAAGUGGAAUGGGCUCAGCAAGGUCAGCUUCUGGCAUUCUGACCAGUGCAACAUGAUUAAUGGAACUUCUGGACAAAUGUGGGCACCCUUCAUGACUCCUGAAUCCUCGCUGGAAUUCUACAGCCCUGAUGCCUGCCGGUCCAUGAAGCUGGUCUACCAGGAGGCGGGGGUGUUUGAAGGCAUCCCCAUCUACCGCUUCGUGGCCCCCCCUACCUUAUUUGCCAACGGGUCCGUCUACCCGCCCAAUGAGGGUUUCUGCCCAUGCCUGGAGUCUGGGAUCCAGAACGUCAGCACCUGCCGCUUUGGUGCACCCCUGUUUCUCUCCCAUCCUCACUUCUACAACGCGGACCCAGUCUUGGCUGAGGCAGUGCUCGGCCUCCACCCUAACCACCAAGAGCAUUCCUUGUUCCUGGACAUUCACCCGGUCACUGGGAUCCCCAUGAACUGCUCCGUGAAGCUGCAGCUGAGCCUCUACAUCAAGGCCGUCAAGGGCAUCGGACAAACGGGGAGCAUCAGUCCUGUGGUCCUGCCCCUGCUUUGGUUUGGAGAGAGCGGCACGAUGGAGGGCCAGGCCCUGCAAACCUUCUACACGCAGCUGGUGCUGCUGCCUGCAGUGCUGCACUACGCCCAGUACGUGCUCCUCGCCCUGGGCUGCGCCCUGCUGCUCAUCCCGGUCGUCCACCUGAUCCGGAGCCAGGAGAAAUGCUAUUUAUUUUGGAGUAGUAGUAAAAAGGGCUCAAAGGAUAAGGAGGCCAUUCAGGCCUAUUCCGAAACUCUGAUGACCUCACCUCCCAAGGGGACUGUGCUGCAAGAAGCAAGGCUGUAGGGCCGCAAAGAUGCCACGAGCCAGCCCAGCCUGGCGGCUCAGCCAGACCAGCUCCCCAGCCCCUGCACCCCACUUCUAAAGGAGUCUUGAAGCGGACAGCUCACCAGCCACAAAGCCUGAGCACCUUAGUUUCCACACAUGUGUGCACACACCUGCACACACACAUACACAGGUGUGUGCAGACACUCAGGGAUGGAGCUGCUGCAGAGGGGACUCAACCAGCACUGUUCCAGAACCUUCUCUCCAAGUGACUUACAGGCCUCUGUCCCCCGGACCGUGGUCACCACUUGCUGUGGGGAUUGCGGCCCUCCCUUGGGUGAGCCUGGGAGGUUCCAUCCAUCCAUUGGGCCCCAACUCCUGGUGACGCACGCCACCCUUCCCGAGACCCCCUCCCCUUGAGGCAGGAAACACUGCAGCACCUGCGUGGGAUCUCAGCCUUGCAGGAGCUUCACAUCCAGGGGCUGGGAGUGCAGAGUUCCUGUGUCAAGGACGGGUGGGUAGAGGGCCGUGGGCUCAUCACUCACGCUGGGUCAAGAGUAUCUGUUUAUAGGCCCACCUGGGCGAAGAACCUGCAUACAGGCCUCAGGAAACACUGAACACAGGACUGAAACACUGAACACACGCUCCUGGUCCCAUUGUCUCCUUACCCCCGAGCAGGAAUUUUCAUCUCCCCGAAGUUGACUCAGGCACAGUUUUUGGUGUCUGGGGCCCUUUUCCACCAGUCUAAACUAAUGCCAUCCUGGAUGUUGUGCCAGCUGUACCCAGGCCGGAGCAGCAGCAGGCUCUGUCCUGAGAUGCCUAGCCACGGGGUCCCUUGGCUUUUGGGUGCCAGGGCAAAGGUGGAGAGGCCUGGGGGGCCUCCACAGGGUGGGAGACCCCUCCGCCUGGUGCUUCUCAUCUCUGGGGCAAGCCACUGUCUCUUUUCUACUGGAAGAGAAAUGAAUUUUAUUGUCUUUUAAAAAUAAAUCACGGUUGAAACAAUAAACCUUUUUAAAAAGCUAACACUCGAGUCUGUGACAACUUAUUUGCUGGUGGAGUAGGCGGUGAGGGGCUUCCGGGAAAGUUUUAAGUUCUUUUUUUUGUUUUUGUCAAUAGUUCCUUUCUGGUGGCUGCCACGAGUGUCUCUCACAGGGCUAGGCUGCAGAUUUGCUGUUCUUUUGUUAUAAAUUUCAAACUGUGUAUAUAUUGAAACAUUUUUGUAAAUCGUGCAUGAAGACACUGCUUGUUUCCAAAGAGUAGGCCCAGGUCCUUUGUGACCACUGCUCACAAUCUCUGGGUGCCGUGGUAAGUACCGUUGCCAUUUUGGUAUGGAACUGCCAGACUUUUUUCUGUGCGUUUGUGUAUACAUCUGCUUCCUGGCAGAGGUACACAGCAUCAGCCUGGGCUUUUUCUUUUUUCUUGUUACACAACUGACAGAAGAGAGACUCGGUUAGGAGAAUGGAUUGGAGCCAGCUGGCCUGGGUUUGCAUCCGGGCUCUGCUUCUUAUUAGUUCUGUGAACUUGUGCAAGUCACAUGCCUACUCUGUGCCUCAGUUUCACCACUUCUAAAAUCAAGAUCCUAGUACUGACCUCUCAGCGUGGUACUGUGAGGAGUCAAUGAGUUUGUGCACAAAAUGCUCUCACAACGCAGUUGGCCCAUGGAACAGGCUGUAUGUUUGCCAUCAUUAGUAUUGUCGCUAUCAUUGUUAAUGAUUCACCAUCCCACAACUAGAUUUUUUUCCACCUAAGUUGUCUUGGACAUUGUUCCCUGUUCAUAUUUAGUGAGCCACCCCUUUUUAACUAGCGGCUGCGUAGUAUUCUGAGGACUGGGACUUACCACACUUUAUUUACACUGCCCCCUAUUGGUGGACACCCAAGUUGCUUGGACUUUUCCCCCAUGGCAAACACAGCUUUAGCCAACAUUCCCUCCUUCAUUCGCUGGAUAUUGAGCCCCUGGGGCAGUGCCCAGCACCUGCGCUGUGCAGACCCUGCUCCAGGGGCUGGGAUAUGGCGGUGACCUAACCCUCCCUGCUCUGGCCUUCUAGGGUGAGUUUCUCUCCCUAGAGAAAGGUAAGGGAGGGCGAAUU